UUUGCCCGAAAAAUUGGAGACAAAAAUAAAUCAUGCAUUUACAGUGGAUUGUCAAUUUAUUGUCGGUGAAAAUCUGGGAAAGCCAAAAACUAUAUUCGGUCAUAAGUUAAUGUUCGCCUUGAACUCGGAAGUAUUUGAAUCAAUGUUUUCUGAUAAUUUCAUGGAAGCGAAAUGUACCAGAAUCCCAUUGCCAGACGAUGAUCCAAAUGCAUUUCGCAACUUACGCAUAAUCUUGUAUAAUCUACGUGAUGCCUCUCAAGAAAUUGAGGAAUUAAAUGUUAGCGAAACGAUCAGUUUGUAUAAACUUUGUGAUAAAUAUAUGUUCACAACUAUAGCAAAGUUAUGCAGGGAUCAUUUGAAAAACUUAAUUAACGAUUCUAACCAUGAUGAUGUGCUAAAAAUGCUCGCUGCUACUGUGGAAUUUUCUAAUUUGAAGCUAUUAGAUCCUAUUUAUAUUAAAUUAGGAACAAGUAAUUUUAUAUCGCUACCUAAAGUUUAUGAAUUGGAUUAUGUUUCGUUCAUGAAAUUUAUCAAAUUCGAGGAAAGCAAUUACGUUGACCACAUGCCAAUAUUUAAUGCAAUAGAAAAAUAUAUAUUGGAUAAUAAUUUAAUACCGCAGCAGUUACGUGCAACGGACAAUUCAUCAAACAAAAUUGGGAGUACCACCACUACUACAUUUGGGCAAGAGAAUGUUGUUCUGCUUAGCGAUGAGAGAUCAAGGGAAUUAAUUGAAAAGUUGUUGUC